UGCCGUUGCUUGUUUGACCGGCAAUCCGACCUAGAAAAUUCCGUAAUGAACAUCUCGCGCUUUUGUGUGAAUUUAUCGAACUUCACACAUCAGCUACAAUGUGGCGUUACGGUGGGCAUCGUUAGCCACAGAAGUAGAUCGUUUGGGCUAGCUUCACCACAGCACCAGCAGCCAACCAUUAGCGUCGCUGAAGCGCCAGCACUUGGAAACAGUCUUGGAAGCAGAUUCUACCAUCUCUCAUCGUACGAUACGCGCGACAAGGCUGCGUUCUAUAAUGUCGAUCGAAAGAGACCACCGCCUCAGAUGGAAGAGCAGCGGGAUUCCGACAAGAAACACUCGGAGGAUCAGCUGUUCCAAAUGUUCAAAAACCAGGAAACGAACACGGUCAACAUGGGCAAGUUCCUUGCGGAACUCCGCACCAUCGGUAUCCGCCGGACGGAUCCUCGCAUCCAAGAGAUGAUGGACAACCUGAAGCGCGUGCACAAGCUAAACAACUACGAGAACGGAUCGCCCCACACGCAGCAACUGAACGAGGACACGUUCAAAGCAGUGAUCGCCCCGAACAUUGUCCUGAUUGCACGCGCCUUUCGCCAUCAGUUCGUCGUUCCGGAUUUCCAGGGUUUCACCAAGGACAUCGAGGAAAUCUACUGGAAGUGUAAGAGCAACACCGAUGGCAAGGUGGCGACCUACAUCCCACAGCUUUCCCGUGUCAACCCAGACUACUGGGGCGUUAGCGUGUGCACGAUCGAUGGCCAGCGGUUCUCCAUCGGUGACACGUCGGCCCCGUUCACACUGCAAAGUUGCAGCAAACCUCUGACGUACGCGAUCGCUCUCGAGAAGCUAGGCGCCCAGGUCGUCCACCAGUACAUCGGUCAAGAGCCGAGCGGACGAAACUUCAACGAGCUGGUGCUCGAUUACGAGAAGAAACCACACAAUCCGAUGAUCAACGCGGGUGCGAUCCUCACCUGCUCGCUGCUGAAAACACUCGUCCACCCGGAGAUGACACUGGCCGAGAAGUUUGACUACGCGCAAUCGUGGUUCACCCGAAUGGCGGGCAAUGAGUCACUCGGUUUCAACAACUCCGUCUUCCUGUCGGAACGGGAAGCCGCCGAUCGGAACUAUGCGCUCGGGUUCUACAUGCGCGAACACAAGUGUUACCCCGAGAAGGCGAACCUGCGCGAGUGUAUGGACUUUUACUUCCAGAUCUGCUCGAUGGAAGCGACCUGCGAUACGCUGUCCGUCGUCGCGGCCACCCUAGCCAACGGUGGCAUCUGUCCGCUGACCGAAGAACGGGUGCUAAAGUCCGAGAACGUACGCGAUGUCCUCUCGCUGAUGCACUCGUGCGGAAUGUACGACUUCAGUGGUCAGUUUGCGUUCAAGGUAGGGCUGCCGGCGAAAUCCGGUGUGUCCGGUGGUGUGAUGCUGGUCAUUCCGAACGUGAUGGGCAUGUUCAUGUGGUCGCCACCGCUCGAUCCACUCGGGAACAGUUGCCGUGGUGUGCAGUUCUGUAAGGAGCUGGUCGAUGUGUUUAACUUCCAUCUGUACGAUAACUUGAAGCACGGUUCGAACAAAAAGGAUCCUCGACGGCACCGGUACGAAACGAAGGGCCUAUCGGUGGUCAAUCUCCUCUUCUCGGCCGCCAUCGGUGAUGUGACGGCGCUGCGGCGUCACAAGCUGUCCGGUAUGGAUAUUACGCUGUCGGAUUACGAUGGGCGUACGGCGCUGCAUCUGGCCAGUGCUGAGGGACAUUUUGAGUGCGUACGGUUCCUGCUGGAACACUGUGGUGUACCGCAUGAUCCGAAAGAUCGUUGGGGUAAUCGGCCGGUUGAUGAAGCGGAAACAUUCGGCCACGAGGAUGUCGUUACGCUGCUGAAGCAAUGGGAAGAGAAGGUGCAGAAAGCGACGCAAGCAAGCGAGACGAACACGGCAACGAACGGAACGACGGAAACUGGCUACAACUCGGAUCAGGAUAGUGACUCGUCGAGCGGGAAAGGCUCGAAAGGGGCAAAGGGAUCGGACAUCUUAACAUAAGCGGAUUGGUUCUGUGAAUUUCCCGGCUUGUGCUGAAUCUCACUAGCACUAAAGUGUGAGCACGGUUGUAAUGACCACGCUAAACUUACUAUAGUAAUAACGACGACAAUAACGUAUCUGUGCGAUAACCUUAUAGGUAGCGACCACCCGAGGAAGCGACCCCUUCGCUCCCUCGGGGUUUUCAUUAAUAUUCUCCAACUAGAUGUUAGUUCCCAUGUUCUCAUGUACCACCAUGCACAACAUCGUCAUCAAUGUCAUGCUUCACUGUCACGUCAAUUAUAUGCAAGCGAUAAAGUCAAAUUGUAACGUGAAGGAUAUCCAUCAAUAAAUCCCUCCAACGGAGACUGCGUAUGUACAACA